AUGUGGAACAUUGCCACUGUCCCAUCGUAUCCUGACACGUUCCAAUUGGUCAGUAGAAGUACUGGAAAGUGUCUACAAGUCUAUCAAGAUACCAAGUAUCAUGGAAUGAUGCAAACAUGUGGUUCAACAACCGAUAUGGGUACCAGAUACCAACUAUUUAGAAAAUAUUCUAGUAUAACAGUAGAACCAACUUACAAUAGAAUUGCAAUUGGUUUAACACCUGGAGCAAAUGUUUAUUCGGAUGGAGCUAUUUUGAGUCCUGGUUUUACUCUAUCGGUCAAUGAUUAUAGUUUGGUGCUCGACUAUACAGGCCAAUUUAUUUUGUACUCUCCCACGAGAACUGUCUUGUGGUCGAUGAGCGGUCCAACACCAGUACUUACGACUAUGCCAUAUGGCAAGUUUACCUAUGACGGAAACCUUUGUAGCUAUAAAGGAAGUACAGCUGAAUUUUGUACAGAGACAAACACUCUUGGAGGGGUCUACUUGAAUAUGGUUCCACCUGGCUCAUACGAUCGUCCUUGGGGCAUAGUCAUCCAAAACUCAUCAGGAAGGAUGGUAUGGGGAAGAUUCGGUACAAGUACCACUGUAUCUGGGUUCUACUCGUUGAUCCCAGGCAGUUUCCUCGAUGCCCUCACAACCACAAACAACAAACUUGGCCCCGGUGAAUUUAUCACAAACGGUCGUGACUAUCUGACUUUGACCAGUACCGGUCAAACCCAAUUUUGGGUUAGAAAUCCAUAUCAUAAUGGACAGUUGAAAUGGGAAAUGUCAAACCCAAAUGGAAUUGAAGGACCAUUCACAACAACCAUUCAAAGCAACGGUAAUAUUUGUACUCAAAACAAAAAUGGACAAAGGGUAUGGUGUGCUGCAGAGAAAUCAAUCGAUUACUCUCGCUACCUAUAUGUUCCACCCAAUGAUGGCAACGAUGUAAAUUGGGGAUUCAUUACACACGAUGGAUCAAAUUUUGCCGGCUGGGGUCAGUUUAAUAUCCCCGUUUCAACUUGGAGCAAUUACGUCAUGCAAGGAACAAGUUGGACAAACAGCUUGAACAAUGGAGUGAUCAAGGUUGAGAAAAGUUCCACUUUUUUGACAACGUUGACCUAUCUCGUUCCAAAUGGCCCAGUAGUGACUCUGGUUCCAGAGUACUCUGGAACAUGGUCAAAGGUAAAUGCUUGGAGUAGUUCAGGCAGAUAUGCAUUCAUAGCUACCAACACGGCCAAUUGUGUCCAAAUGUUCACCACCGUACAGUGGAAACAAGAGUUUCUAGCAGCCCAACCAAACUACUUGGUUGCCAUUCCGGCCAUUCCGGAAUUUGUUUUACUAAACUCAAAUGGACAACUCAUUUGGAGUGGCAUUCGUGAUGGUUUCUGGAACUCUUCAUCAUCACAAUGUAAUUGGUAA